AUGCAUCCGCCAUCAUCCACCGUCCCGGAUUUCGACUUCGACGACUCUGCUCAUGAAAAAUGUCCACAGUCUGAAUUUGGCCAAUGCCUAGUGUCAAGCUACGAACAUUGGGACGACAGCCGGCAUGCAUACGGUGUACAAAAGGCGCAGCCAUCACGGAAUGUCACUUGCCGCGUGCGGCGACGAUUUGUGCUGAUGCGUAGUUAUGCUUUUUAUUUUUUAUUGUUGCUACUAUGCGGAGACAUCGAGUUGAAUCCCGGUCCUGAUACGGCGGCCACUUUACAGAUACUUUUAGAUGGGCAGAAUGCCAUUAAAGCUAAGCUUCAAACUAUCGAAACUAAUCAAGAGCAAAGCAAGGCGACCCUGGAUGACCUAAAAACACGCAUAGAAUCAUUGGAACAGCAUCUGGCCCAGUUCAGUGAAAUGAAAGCAGCAGUCACGGAUUGCAGGAAACAGUGUGAGGACACGCAUAGCGUAGUAAGAAUUCUAACCGCUAAAGUAGACGAUCUGGAAAAUCGAAGCCGGCGUUGUAAUUUAAUUUUUUACGGAGUACCUGACACAGACACCCGAGAGUUACCUGCGGCGUCUGAGAAACGAGUUCAGGAAAUUGUAACUAGACUUGGACUAGAGCCCGUUCAAAUUGAAAGAGCGCACAGGCUUGGUAGAUACUCUAUUGGCAAAGCUCGACCACUUAUCGCAAAUUUCGCGUUGUUCAAAGAAAAACAGACAAUCUUGUCAAACGCAAAGAAACUAAAAGGUACUACUAUUAGCAUUUCGGAAGAUUUUUCAGAGGCGGUACGCAGAAAAGGAAAACAGCUCUGGGACUUCGCCAAAGAUCACCGUAAUGAUAAUACUCGUGUAAACCUUCGAUAUGAUGCACUGUACUUAAAUGAUACAAGAUACAUAUAUGACGAAGCACUUGGACAAGUUGUUCACAGUACUUGA